CUUGCAGCGAAUGCGCUAGUUGCUUGCACCUGCAUUAGCUGCCCGUUGAGUCCUUCGUUGAACGGCAUCUGACCUCACCACCAGCAAAAGAAACACGUGAAUUUCUGGAUUUCUGUUUGCUCACGUGCACCAGCACCUGAUCAGCUUAUCACCAGAUCAGCUCCUUGCUACUCCUAGCACGUGCGUCCGGGUAACAUCCAUCCCAUCACGAUGAAAAUUUUUAUCUCAUCCAACCGUUUAUAAUAGGAACGUUUCUCACAUUUUUUGUUCUUCUUCUUUUUACCAACAUUGGAAAAUGUCUGCUGCCAGUGAAUCCAAAUACUCUGCUGAAGUACUUUCCGAAUUAUUGGGUGCCUUAAAGGUUGCUGACAAUAAGGACGAAGCUGCUGCUAAUGUUUCUUCAUUCUUGAACUCAUCCAUCAUUGAGCAUGAUGUUCCAGUUGAAUUCUUCCAAGACUUCAAGAAGCAACUCGGUAACAAGAAGGACACCGAAGCCGUUCUUGCUGCUUUGAAGGCUUACACCCACAUUGCCUCUCCAAACGGUAUCACCCCAAGUGUUGAACCAUACAUUGUGGAAUUGGUUGGUGAUGUUGCCGCUCUUGCCGGUGACAAGAACAAGGAUGUCCAAGUUGCUGCUUCCGACGCUUUGUUCUCCAUUGCCCAAGCCGUCACUCCACACGCUAUCAAGGCUUUGUUACCAACCUUGAUGGAACGUUUGGCUUCCACCAACAAGUGGACUGAAAAGACCGCUAUCUUGAGAGCUGUCUCCCAAUUGGUUGACACUGCCAAGGCUCAAAUCGCUUUGAGAAUGCCUGAAUUGAUUCCAGCUUUGUCUGAAGCCAUGUGGGACACCAAGAAGGAAGUCAAGGAAGCUGCCACCGCUACCAUGACCAAGUCCACUGAAACCAUUGACAACAAGGAUAUCGAAAAGUUUAUUCCAAAGUUGAUCGAAUGUAUUGCUAAGCCAACUGAAGUCCCAGAAACCGUCCACGUUUUGGGUGCUACCACCUUCGUUUCCGAAGUCACCAUGGCCACUCUUUCCAUCAUGGCUCCAUUGUUGUCCAGAGGUUUGGCUGAACGUGACACCGCCAUCAAGCGUAAGGCUGCUGUCAUUGUUGACAACAUGUGUAAGUUGGUCGACGACCCACAAGUUGUUGCUCCUUUCUUGAGCACCUUGUUGCCAGCCUUGAAGGGUAACUUCCAAACCGUUGCUGACCCAGAAGCUAGAGAAGUCACCAACAGAGCUCUUAACACCUUGAGAAGAGUCGGUGCCGUCGGUGAAAACGAUGCUAUCCCAGAAGUUUCCACUGCUGGUGACAUCGCUGUCACUUUGAACGAAUUGAACAAGUUGUUGGAAGGUAAGAAGAUCGGUAAGAGAUUCGAAUCUGCCCUCACCUACAUUGCCGCUAUUGCCGGUGACUUGAUCGAUGAGAGAGAAAUUCAACCAGAAGCCUGGUUGGCUGCUAUCUUGCCUUUCGCUACCAUCUUCUUGCACGAAAAGGAAGCUAAGGAAAUCAUCGAAGAAUACAGAAAGAGAGCCCUUGACAACAUUCCUGAACCACCAUCCUUCGAAGAUGAAGAAGAUGAAGGUGAAGACUUGUGUAACUGUGAGUUCUCUUUGGCUUACGGUGCUAAGAUCUUAUUGAACAAGACUCAAUUCAGAUUGAAGAGAAACAGAAGAUACGGUCUUUGUGGUCCUAACGGUGCUGGUAAGUCCACCUUGAUGAGAGCUAUUGCCAACGGUCAAGUUGAAGGUUUCCCAACCCAAGAAGAAUGUAAGACUGUCUACGUCGAGCACGAUAUCGAUGGUACUGAAGCUGACACUUCCGUUCUUGACUUCGUCAUCAACGAUGGUGAAGUUGGUUUGACCAAGGAUGUUGUCCACGCUAAGUUGACCGAAUUCGCUUUCUCCGAAGACAUGAUCCAAAUGCCAAUUCAAUCCUUGUCUGGUGGUUGGAAGAUGAAGUUGGCUCUUGCUAGAGCUGUCUUGAAGAACGCCGAUAUCUUGUUAUUGGAUGAACCAACUAACCAUUUGGAUACCGUCAACGUUGCUUGGUUAGUCAACUACUUGCAAACCUGUGGUAUUACCUCCAUUAUCGUUUCCCACGAUUCCGGUUUCUUGGACAAUGUCUGUCAAUACAUUAUCCACUACGAAGGUUUCAAGUUGAGAAAGUACAAGGGUAACUUGUCCGAAUUCGUUAAGAAGUGCCCAUCUGCUCAAUCUUACUACGAAUUGGGUGCCUCCGACUUGGAAUUCAAGUUCCCAGAACCAGGUUUCUUGGAAGGUGUUAAGACCAAGCAAAAGGCUAUCGUCAAGGUCUCUAACAUGACUUUCCAAUACCCAGGUACCACCAAGCCACAAAUUCAAGACAUUAACUUCCAAUGUUCUUUGUCUUCCAGAAUUGCCGUCAUUGGUCCAAACGGUGCCGGUAAGUCCACCUUGAUUAACGUCUUGACUGGUGAAUUAUUGCCAACUGAGGGUGAAGUUUACGUUCACGAAAACUGUCGUAUUGCUUACAUCAAGCAACACGCUUUCGCCCACAUUGAUAACCACUUGGACAAAACCCCAUCUGAAUACAUUCAAUGGAGAUUCCAAACCGGUGAAGAUAGAGAAACCAUGGACAGAGCUUCUAGACAAAUCAACGAAGACGAUGAGAACUCCAUGAACAAGAUCUUCAAGGUUGAAGGUACCCCAAGAAAGAUUGCUGGUAUCCACGCUAGAAGAAAGUUCAAGAACUCUUACGAGUACGAAAUCUCCUGGAUGUUGGGUGACAACAUUGGUAUGAAGACCGAAAGAUGGGUCCCAAUGAUGUCCGUUGACAACACCUGGUUGCCAAGAGGUGAAUUGAUGGAAACUCACUCCAAGAUGGUUGCUGAAGUUGACAUGAAGGAAGCUUUGGCUUCUGGUCAAUUCAGACCUUUGACCAGAAAGGAAAUUGAAGAGCACUGUGCUAUGUUGGGUUUGGAAGCUGAAUUGGUUUCCCACUCCAGAAUCAGAGGUUUGUCUGGUGGUCAAAAGGUCAAGUUGGUCUUGGCUGCUUGUACUUGGCAAAGACCUCACUUGAUCGUUUUGGAUGAACCAACUAACUAUUUGGAUCGUGACUCCUUAGGUGCUUUGUCCAAGGCUUUGAAGGCUUUCGAAGGUGGUAUUGUUAUCAUUACUCACUCUGCUGAAUUCACCAAGGACAUCACUGAAGAAGUCUGGGCUGUCUUAGACGGUAAGAUGACUCCAUCUGGUCACAACUGGGUCCAAGGUCAAGGUGCUGGUCCAAGAUUGGAAAAGAAGGAAGAUGAAGAAGACAAGUUCGAUGCUAUGGGUAACAAGAUUGCUGCUGCCAAGAAGAAGCAAAAGUUGUCUGCUGCUGAAUUAAGAAAGAAGAAGAAGGAAAGAAUGAAGAAGAAGAAGGAAUUAGGUGAUGCCUACGUUUCUUCUGAUGAAGAAUUCUAAGUUAUUUAGAAAGGAGAAAAGAUACCCUUAUAAAAUUUCAUGGUGUUUUUUACUACCCAGUUUUUUUUGAAAAAAGAUCGGUUUCAUAUACAGUUUAGGGCACUAGAAUACGGUUUAUUUUCCACUUUUUAGAUUUCUUUCUUACAUCUCAUACACCUGUUCCAU